CUCAUGACAGUUGCUCGCUCCGUAAACAGCCAUCACGUAAGCGCCACCACACUGAGGUGUCUCUGAUACGCAUCAUGCGCAAAGAACAUAUCCUGUUCUAGAACACAUCAUGAGCCAUGAAUACCACAGGUACUGGCUCAAGACUGAUACUCUUACCCGAUCUGGACCUAUGUAGAGUCGGUGAUAAGGUGCGGCUCCUUGGCUGUGUCGAACAUUAUGAUACCAAGACAGCAUCUCUUGUGCUGGGCUACUCACACCAGCUACCUCAUAGACGAAGACAGAUCAGAUAUCUCGCUAACGUAGAGAUCUCUCAUGUCCUCGAGGAUGUACGCUCCUUUGGCUUGCAAAUCGGCACUUGGGUCAAUGUAAUCGGGUUCGUCAAAGACACGUCCGGAGAGAAAGAAAUCCCAGGAAUGGACAUGUCGUCUUCCGGUUUGAGUGCACUUCAGAAGGGCGUACAAGCCACCAUGGCGUGGGAGGCGCGAGAGGUCCGCUUAGACGACUACGAGCGUGCUGUCCGGAUGAGGACUCAUGCAACCUGAGCAGCAAACAUAUCAUUCUAGUGAUCAGUAUCAAGCUCCACAGUGAGACUUUGAAUCGACCCCAAACACACUAGAUGGCUGGCGUACGCAGUCAUCUUAUUUGUCUCGCGCAAGGCCUUACCUCAUCGUGGCGACCACCUUGGCUAUGCAGGAAGUGAUUUGGCGUGUUUCAAAAUGUCAUGGAGAGAUGCAAACGAGAGGGGUAGGACACAGUA